AUGUUCCUGGGCCAUAUUAUUGGACAUGAACAGAUGACCACAUGGAAUGUGAAAACAAAGGUUAUUGGUGAGUUUCUCAUCGAUGAAGAGGAGAGUCUCCUUCGCCUUGAGGAAUUAGUGCGGCAGUUCCUCAUCUCCAAGGACUCGCUGUCAAUACGAAUGCUUGACCAUUCCAAUGACCCCACGCCCCUGUUGAAAGAAAUCCGGGACGACAAGAUUUCCACCAUCAUCAUUGAUGCCAAUGCCUCCGUGUCUUACCUCAUCCUGAAAAAGGCUGCUGAACUUGGAAUGACCUCUGCAUACUACAAAUACAUUCUGACGACAAUGGAUUUCCCUGUUUUACAGCUCAGUGAAAUUGUUGAUGACCAGGCGAAUAUCAUUGGCUUCUCCAUGUUGAAUCCCAGACAUCCGUUUUUCCUGGAGUUUAUCCGUAGCCUUAACAUGUCAUGGAGGGAAAACUGUGAUACGGCUCAUUUCCCUGGAGCUGCGCUUCCCUCUGCUCUGAUGUUCGAUGCUGUUCAUGUUGUGGUGAACGCUGUGCGUGAGCUGAACCGCAGCCAGGAGAUUGGUCUGAGACCACUGGCAUGUACCACCUCCCAGAUCUGGCAGCACGGCACCAGCCUGAUGAACUACCUGCGCACGGUUGAGUACGAAGGGCUGACGGGCCGAGUGGAGUUUAACAGUAAGGGACAGCGGAUGAACUACACUCUGAGGAUCCUGGAGCAGGGCAAGGAUGGUCACAAGCAGAUUGGGAGCUGGCACUCGUCUCGAGGAUUGAUAAUGGAUGCCACCUUCCUUGAUAUCAACGUGUCGGAGACACUCAUCAACAAAACCCUCAUCGUCACCACCAUCCUCGAGAACCCGUACGUGAUGAGGAAGCGUAACUUCCAGCAGCUGGCAGAGAACGAUCAGUACGAGGGGUUCUGUGUCGACAUGCUCAAGGAACUCGGUGACAUCCUCAAGUUCAACUUCAAGAUCAAACUGGUGGAUGAUGGACUGUACGGAGCUCCAGAAGCAAAUGGCUCCUGGACGGGAAUGGUCGGAGAGCUCAUCCAGAGGCUGGAUAAAUACCUGAUCCCUGGUAACAAGGACUUCCAUGAAAAACUGGCAGGGAUUGUUAGCAUUUUACAAGGGCUGGCCCAGGCUGCCAUUUAUCUGGAUGAUGUACCAAUGACGGGGAAGACUGAUAAAGAGCGCUUGGAGAACAUGGACAUAGUGCUUAAACGUUUCUACCAGGUGGGCAUAUGCCUUCGGUUGGAAAAAUGUGUGUUCCUGGCACCCCCAGUUACCAGCUUGGGUUACAGAGUGGACAAGACUGGGUGA